GGAAAAUGAUGUCUUCUCGUCAGUCUUCUCAUGGUCAAUCAUUUACAUUCUUUGUGUAAAUAAAUACGUGUAAUUUGUAAAAAUCGAUAGGGCAAACUACACGUUUUGGCUAUUUGUUCCUGUGCCUGCCUGUGUGGUGUCAUCCUUAUUGUAAACCAGGAGAUUUCAGAGAUUAAAAGAGACCAACCAACGAGAAUAACUCCUAAUUUGUUGCCAUGCUUGGACAGGCGUGAAGCGUUUCCAAGUAGGACAGUAGCUCUCAGACCGACACGAAGCGCUGCCCGACAGCACAGCUGGCUGAGAGAAACAUGGGAUCCGCAGGGCGCUUCUGCUCGGUGCUGCUGGUUGUAGUUCUGCUGGGGCUUCAUCACUCCUCAGGUUUCUGGAUCAUCAACGUUGUCUUCCCUCCCGAUGCCAAAGCCAAAUUACCAAGCAACAGCACUCCACCACUCAUCAUAGUACCAGGGAACUUGGGGAACCGUCUGGAAGCUAAGAUAGACAAGCCGACACUGGUCCACUGGAUGUGCUACAAGAAAACUAAGCACUGGUUCCCCCUAUGGAUUGACCUCAACAUGUUCAUGCCAAUAGGUGUAGACUGCUGGAUUGAUAACAUUAGACUUGUUUACAACAGGACGACUCGGCGGUCAUCCAACUCACCAGGGGUACAGGUCCGGGUGCCAGGAUUUGGGCAGACCUAUCCCAUUGAGUUUCUCGACCAUAACAAACUGGCUGGUUAUUUCUACACUAUGGUGCAACAUUUGGUCAACGUGGGAUACACCCGAAAUGAGACAGUCCGAGGGGCACCGUAUGAUUGGAGAUUAACUCCUAAUGAGAAUGAAGAGUAUCUCAUAAGGUUGCAGGACCUGGUGGAAGAGAUGUAUGAUCAGUACCAGCAGCCUGUUUACCUGCUGGGACACAGCAUGGGCUGCCACUACGUCCUUUACUUCCUCAACCACCAGCCUCAGGCCUGGAAGGACAAGUACAUCAGGGGCUUCAUUUCCCUGGCAGCGCCAUGGGGGGGCGCUGUUAAAGCAUUGCGAGUCAUGGCGUCAGGUGAAAAUGACGGCAUUCCAAUGAUUUCCAACAUCAAGAUCCGCGAGGAGCAGAGGAUGACAACAACUAAUCCCUGGAUGGUGCCAUCUGAGGAGGCCUGGUCGAAGGACCACGUCUUCAUCUCCACACCAUCCUUCAACUACACCCACCAGGACUACCAGCGCUUCUUUACAGACAUCAAUUUUGAGGAUGGCUGGCACAUGUGGGAAGACACUAAGAAUCUGACCGGUGAUCUCCAGCACCCUGGUGUUGAGGUGUGGUGUAUGUACGGAGUAGGACUGCCAACUGUGGUAACGUACAUUUACGACGAGGAGUAUCCCAACGCAGACCCAGUGGACUUCGUUUACGCUGAUGGGGAUGACACAGUGGACAGCUUUAGCAUGGGUCUUUGCAAACGUUGGGUGGGGCAGCAGGAGAAGCCCGUCCACGUAACAGAGUUCAGAGGGUUGCCCCACCUGGAUAUAGUGUUCCACGAAAAGGUGCUCAACCAAAUCCAGCAUAUCCUGGAGGGCAUAUCAGACACACCCAAAGUGAUUGAUGUCAGAUCUGGAACUAAAUAGUAGUAUUUAAGAGCUUAAAAAACACGCGGAGUGCUGUAUUUUUUUUUUUUACAUAGUUGACUUUUGAGUCUGUUCAAGUGUCAAGCAGAAAAUUGCACAUACAUAGCUUCAACGUGUGAAACCUGAGGUUUGGUCCAGAUUUAACAAGCACCCAAUCUGGACUAGCAAGUAAUCUAACCCUGACCCCCCCAGCCCAUAAACAUGACCGUCUUAUCUGAAGUAAAGGCUGAAGUAUGAGUUUGACCCUGAUCUGCUUUUUUCUGAUUUCAAGCUGAGAUUUUUGUAAUACAUCAAUGUGUUUUGAUGCAUUUCCCAUAUGGUGAUGAUGAUGGGAUUUAUGGUGUUCAUGGUAUUCAUAAUAAUAACAGUAAUUAAACAUACUAAUAGGGAUUCUAAUAAUCAGUGCAUUGUUUUAUCAUUACCUAUAAAGGAAACUUUGAAUCCUGUUUCAUUAGAUCUAGAUUAGAACUAUACACAAUUCUACUUUGUUGACUUUUCAUGGCAUUCAUCAUGUCAGCAUUAUUUUUAAAACUUGAGUGAAAAAACAUGAAUAAAAGAACUUUUGAGUGAACUUUUGUAGCCACACACACACACACACACACACACACACACACACACACACACACAUCCCAUAAGACAUAUUUCAUUUUGGGUGUGUGACUUUAAUGGAUACUUAAAUUAUAGGGACCUCAUCAGCAGCCUGUUUUUAUAAUGUAUGAUGUCGGUAUAAUACUUCUAUUAGGAGUUUAAAUAUUUUUUGGUAUCUGUAUAAAUCUUUUUGACCAGUUAUUCUUCUUCUUUGAGUACAUACGGUAUACUGUAGCUCGUACAUGCACAUAAAAACUGAUAAUAUGGAAUGAUAAGGAUAUUUAUACUGUUGUGCCAAAUUCAUGUGAAUGCUUCCACUUAAUAAAGCAUUUAAU